CCUUACACUAGAGUAACUCCCGGACUGCAUUAUUUUCGUCUUUAACUAUCUUUAAAAUUUAGAGCUAUAUUCUUUUGUUAUAGAACCUUGCCCUAAGUGCUCCGAAUUUUAAAUAGACUUUAAUAGUCGCGAUUAAGCAAGGGGGUACGGCCGAAGCGGCGAUCACUGGCGUGAUUGAGAAGGAAUCAAAACUCUAAUGAGGGGUUAACAGAAGGCUUGAAAAGGUGCAUUCGCCGGGUGCAGCGCAAUGGAUUGCAGAGUCUGUGUCCGUCGGAGGAUCCGCUGUGAUCGCACCACACCCUCCUGUCUCAAAUGCAUGAAGCGAAGUAUAGAAUGCCCCGGUUAUGGACGAAACCUACGAUGGGCAAAUGCUGUAGCAGUACGUGGCCGUUUCAAAGGACUGCAAUACCCUAAGGAUGCGUCUCAGGAUGUCGUGCCCGCUGACGGAUUGUCAGUGCCGUCAAAGUCAUCCUGGGCUGAGGCUGCUGCAAAGAUAGCCAAAAUGGCCGCCGAAGCGCCAAACGCAAGCGAAAUUGAGCAUUUAGUCUCUUACUACUCGAGACGAAUCGCUGGAAACAUGGUUUGGGUAGAUUCGCCUUUGAAUCCUUACAGGCGGCUUGUUGUGCCCAAGGCGAGAUCAUCGCCCAUCAUAUUGCUUGCGAUACUUGCUGUAUCGGCCGAGCACAUGGGCCCUACACAACCAUCAAUCGUUGCAUUUGCUCCCAAGGCACGGGAUGUGGUUGUUUUGAGAAUAACGCAAGAGCUCUCCAGAAUCACAGAGCGCGUCGGCUGUGAAGAGCCGCGAGAAAUCUUGGACCUAGAGACUGCGGAAUGGAUCCUGGCCGCGAUGCUCAUCCUUUCUAACUAUGAGUGCAUUGGAGACACGUCUACAGCAUGGUGCUCGCAUCGGCUCGGUGCACGCCUCCUCGUCAACGGAUUUUCAGAUUCUAGCGCUGAGUCAAGCGAGCUGUUCAGGUUUCUACGAGGUCAGUUUUCAAUUCAUGACGUCUUAGCGUCAACGACGACAUGCCUCUACCUUGGGAUCGAUGAUGUGGUGCUACCAAGGCAUGGUGACCCGGAAGCCCUAUUGUCGGAGUAUAUGAAACUUAUUCAUCAAGUCACACUCUACAUCACAGACAUAGGUACGGCUGCGCACAGAGUUCCUACUCCAGCUGCCCUGCGGAUCCAGUUUGAGAAGACUCGUGGUCUCACCUUAAUGAGCGCGGCGACAUCAGCAGCUCUUGGCGAUGAAUCUACUCGCCUAAACUUCAUCCACCUUGUUGACGUUCAUCACAUUGCGGCACUGUUGUACGCGUACCAGUGUGUUUACAACUUCACACCUGCAGAUGCUGAGAUGUUUCUCACUAUGCAGGAGCUGUUUGAGAAAUUGGAAAACUGCGCAUGUAACGAUGCGCUGAUCCAACACUUGACGUGGCCGGUUUUCAUUGCAGGAACUGAAUGCCACGGCUGUGAGGAAAAGCAGCAUCUGGUAUUAAAGUGGUACGGGGACAUUAUCAAGAAGACUGGCUUUAGAAAUUACGAAGUUGUGAUAUCUUUUCUUAAAGAGCUAUGGAAAAACAAGCCGGGAUGUUGGCUGGAAAAUGCCAAAGCCUGGGAAAGGGACGGCAAGCCGCUGCUGGCAGUUUGAUGCUUUGCGCACUAGCUCAAUUCUUCGAGAGAUGAUGCAUGUAUUGUAAUAAGCGAUCUAUUUUAUGAUCGACAAGACGCCUAAUACUAUUCUGCAACAACCUGCCGUUUUAUCGCAUUAAGCUUUCAACUUGCUGAAGGCGGCACAGGGCAACGCAACCAGACUUCACCGCAUCCCCUGGCCUUCAAAGUCAUCGCCAUACAAAACCUUAAGAGGGUCGUCAAGGUUAACCCAGCCUAAAAACGGCUUACUAACUGAAUACCCAAUAAGCAUCUGCACAUCCCGGGGAUACUGUCUGAUUUGUUCAGAGGAGUUUGCAAGGUACUGGUUUUCCUCCUCCAUAUUAAAUUAGCAGUGGACCAAACAAUACAGUUGUAAGGGUGGACAAACUUGUCGAAGAAAUCCCUUGGUCAUAAAACAGCUGUAAACAAGCCUCUCUUCAUCUGCAGUUGUAUUUGCACUUCCUCCAUGAUAGCAAGAAGCAAGCAUAAUAAACGCAUCGCCUGGCUGCAGCUCAGCGUAGAAAGCCAAUUCCUCAUCAGGGCAUCUCUCUUCGCCCCAGAGAUGCGACCCCGGAAUGAACCGCGUAGCCCCGUUUGCACGCGUAGUCUUUUUGCCGGCCACAAAGAGACCUACACUAGUAUCCCUCCCGAUGCGAUAGUCUUGGUGACUUCGCAGGUCGGGCAGAUGGUUAUGAUGAAUCGAGUCGUCGCGGUGCAGCUCCUGGCGCUUGGCGCCUGGGCCGAUGGAGAAGACGAUUGUGUUGCUCAGCUGGGGUUCCGAGACUGUCGUGUUUAGUUGGUAGCCGUACCAGGAGCGACAUGUUGAGGAAAGGAGUCGCGAGCAUACGUCACGGUACAGACGGUUGGCGGGGAUAGUGUCAGUAAAGACGCGCGACUUGCCGACCAAGCCCAUAACUCGCCGGGUCUCGGGCGGGAAGAAGUCGACUCCCUCCCAUGGCCUGUCUGCCUGGAUAUGCGGGCGGACGUCCCUUUCAAUUAUAUCGAGGAUUGUGGCAUCGGAUAUGAAGUUGCGGAGGACGCAGCCGCCAUUGCGGAUGAGAGAUGCAACAAUCUCAUCUGCCUUGGGGGCAGCAGUGCUAUCAAAUUGAUCCACGGACAUCUUAUGGUAAAUAUUGGUAACAAUCAGCAGUUAUAAUAGGAGGAUAUCUUUUGCCAUCGAGAGAAAUCGCGCUUUAUAUAGUUUCCAGAGGGGGGGACGAGUCACUGCAGCGCUCGUUGUUGGAGAGCGCCCUACCGACACUGCUUCCAACUGCCUAAUAUCAGCGCGUUCCCCAUAAAUAAAAUUUAUCCAUUACUAUAAGGCCGAAACUUGCUAAAUCGGGUACUUUAUUGUACAUUUAUGCUCGAAACAGGACUUAUUUGUAGAUUUUCCGUGAGGGAUGGAGCCUUGCCAAAUUAGGCACUUAAUUGGAGAUUUUUACCUAAAACGGCAGCUAUCUUUACAAUAACUAGUCUACGAAUCCACCGUAGACGGUGCCCGACUAGCGUUCCCCCCCUAUCCCCCUAUAAUGAACGGUAAACCAUACCACGUACUACACAGAGCGAGCAAGGG